AUGAAGCUGGAGAGAAAGAAAACAUCCUUAUACCUUCUUGCACUGCACCUUGCUCUUGUGUUUGAAACAAUCACUUGUCAAAGACCCGAUGUCAUUGCCAGCGGUCAGACUCUUUCGGGCAACCAUACGUUAUCCUCCAAAGAUGGCACAUUUGAGCUUGGUUUCUUCACACCAGGUAAGUCCAGAAACUAUUACAUAGGCAUAUGGUAUAAAAAUUUUGUUGACAAAACUGUUGUGUGGGUGGCAAACAGAAACCACCCGGUCACCAAUCCUUACGAUUCAGAAUUAAAACUCUUCCCAGAUGGAAAUCUUGCUCUACUGAAUGAGUCAAAAAUUCGAAUUUGGUCCUCAAAUUCCACUGCAAGAAAAGAUAAUGCAACUUUAGCCAUACUUCUUAAUAAUGGAAAUCUUUUGAUCCGAGAUGAUCAAGAUAUUUCUGAUAUCAUAUGGCAAAGUUUCGAUUACCCAACAGACACUUGGCUUCCGGGUGGUAAAAUUGGGUAUAACAAAAGAAAAAAGGAGAAGAUCUAUCUUACUUCGUGGCGAAAUGCAGAAGAUCCUGCUCCUAGUGUUUUCUCACUUGAGGUGGAAACUAAUGAAACAAGUCUCGUAUUAGUUUACAAUAAGACUAAACAGUACUUCACUACUGGCUCAUGGACGGGAAGAUAUUUUGUGUCUGUUCCAGAAAUUCAGAGUAAUCCUUAUGUCUUAAAUUUCGGAUAUAUUUCUGAUGUCAACGAGAGCAAGUUCACUUAUGACCUUAUCCCCAAGACCCUCACGCGGUUUAUGAUCGACGUGACAGGACAGUUUAGGCAGUUUGCAUGGAGAGAAAAUUACCCAGAACAUCGAUGGGGAGGGAACUGGUUGCGACCAGAACAAUGUGAGGAUAUGAACCGAAGUUGGCUGAGAGUUGGGCAUUGGGAGAUUAUACGGAUGGGUGCACUAGGAUAUCACCUCUGCAUUGUAGUGAUGUAG